GGCAGCGCAGUGAGCCGAGCCGUCCCCACCGCAGCCGGCCGCUGUGAGCGCGCGACGGGCGCUCUUCCUUCGCCUCCGGCGCCAGCGCUGCGAGAGGCGCCCUUUAGGCCGGGACAGGAGCUGCCUUGGGCAAGGCGGGGGGCAAAGGGAGGACAGCAGCCUUCUCCUCCUCCGCCGCCUCCCCUUCGUCUCCGCUCCUCCCGCCCCGCUUCUUCCUCAGCAUGAUGUUCACCCAGCAACAGCAGCGGGAACCGCCGCCGCCGCCUCCUCGGGCUUGAGGCGCCUGGCGAGGGAGGCAGGGAGGGAGGCGCUGGGUCCCUCCUUCCUUGGCUCCCGGGGUCUCCUCCUCCUCCUCCUCCUCUCCGUCCAUCUCCCCUCCCGGCCAGGAGGGGCCGAGGCAGCAGGGCUGGUCGCCGGGCCCCCCCGCUCCGGACUGCGGUGCAUGUUCGCGCCCUGCGAGUGCGUGAGGCGAGGCGGCAGGAGGACCAUGAAAAUGAUCCGGUUCCGGAGCUCGAGCAUCAGGUCUUUGAGCCAGGAGAUGAAGUGCACCAUCCGGCUGCUGGACGACUCCGAGAUCUCCUGCCACAUCCAGAGAGACACCAAAGGCCAGUUUCUCAUAGAUCAUGUUUGCAAUCAUUACAGUUUGCUGGAGAAAGACUACUUUGGCAUUCGCUAUGUGGAUCCUGAAAAACAGCGGCACUGGCUAGAGCCCAACAAGGCUAUCUCCAAGCAAAUGAAAUCUCAUCCACCAUAUACCAUGUGCUUUAGAGUGAAAUUCUACCCACAUGAACCACUGAAGAUUAAAGAAGAGCUCACCAGGUACCUUUUAUACCUACAAAUCAAAAGAGACAUUUUCCAUGGCCGCUUGCUGUGUUCAUUUUCUGACGCUGCCUUCCUGGGCGCAUGCAUUGUCCAAGCUGAGUUUGGUGACUAUGAUCCUGAUGAACACUUGGACAAUUAUGUCAGUGAGUUCAAGAUUUUCCCCAAACAAUCCCAAAAGCUGGAGAGAAAAAUACUUGAUAUACAUAAAAACGAAUUCAGGGGUCAGAGUCCAGCUGUUGCUGAGUUUAAUUUAUUAUUGAAAGCACAUUCUUUAGAAACCUAUGGUGUUGAUCCCCACCCUUGCAAGGAUUCAACAGGGACCACAACAUUUUUAGGAUUCACAGCCACAGGUUUUGUUGUUUUCCAGGGAAAUAAAAGGAUACAUUUGCUAAAAUGGUGUGAUGUCUGCAAAUUAAAGUUUGAAGGAAAGACCUUCUAUGUGAUUGGAAUUCAGAAAGAGAAAAAGGCUAUGUUGUCAUUCCAUACCUCUACACCAGCAGCCUGCAAACAUCUCUGGAAGUGUGGAGUGGAGAACCAGGCUUUUUACAAGUAUGCAAAAUCAAGCCAAAUCAAGACAGUGUCAAGCAGCAAAAUAUUUUUUAAAGGCAGCAGAUUUCGAUACAAUGGGAAAGUUGCAAAAGAGGUUGUUGAAGCAAGUUCUAAAAUUCGGAGGGAGCCACCGGAAGUGAACAGAACCAACAUUACUCAGAGUCGCAGCUCUCACUCUUUGAACAAACAGCUCAUAAUUAACAUGGAGCCUUUGCAACCUCUCCUUCCAGCCUCAAAUGAUCAGGAAGAUGUCCUCUCUGAUGAAGGGGAAGACCCUGCCAUCAGUCCUCACCUGGUCCAGCAUGACCCCAUCCCUGUGUUCCUCCCUGGAAGCCUGGCAGCUUGGGAAUCUGGCUCCUUCUCCGUACCGCAUGAUUCUCCCUCCUGUGUUCGUGCCCCCAGAUGUCUCGGUAUCCAGCUGCCCAAAGAAGAUGAUGUGUCAAUACCUAUGAUAACUAACUCUCCUGCUAAGGAGGCAGAUGAUAGUUCAGAUCUCUCUAUCGAGGAGGAUGAGAAAAUCAAGGAAGAGCCUUUAACAAUAUCAGAAUUGAUGUACAAUCCAAGCAGCAGCUUGCUUCCCACUCCUGUUAAUGAUGAAGAGAUUGAUCUGCUUUUUCAAACCUCCCCAAGGGCAGAUCAUGAAAAAGAAGAUACAGAUUCAUUUGAGGAACUGGAGGCAGAUGAAAAUGCCUUUUUGGUUGCAGAAGAGGAGGAGCUGAAAGAAGCCCGGAAAGCACUUAGGUGGAGCUAUAACUUUUUGAUGGGCAACAUGAAGAUAAAUGCUGUCCUGAAGAGUUUUUCCAGACUUCUUCUUGUUGGGCUUGGAAUAAUGCUGGUUGUUUUCCCUCUUCUACUUGUGCUCUUGGAAUCAGAUCUUGAUAUCUCCUUCCUCCAUGAAAUCCGCCAGACUCCAGAGUUUCGGCAGUUUCACAUUGAAUAUUACUGUCCUCUUAGGCAGUGGUUGGCCUGCAAAGUAGACUUUGUUAGCCAUUUGCUUGGCAGCUCCUAAACAUUAAGAAUAUGUGACAUGACUAAGGGCUAUAUUCAAAACUAGUGAAUUUCAGUCAGUGCUAGGUGCUCAUAAACAUAUUUAAGGCAAUCAGCAAGUAGUUCUUCAUUUUUAAUCCAUAAUGGACCUAUGAAGUUCUUAAGUUUCCUUUUCAUAAUUGAAUUAUUGAUUUAGCUACAUGGUGGCCUUUCAGUAACCAAAAAGCAGUUAUUUUUUUCUUGCUUGCUUGUUUUUAUCAAUGACUGAAUAGAACAGAAAUUUAUCAUCUCUACCAUUACAAGCCAUGAUGUACUAAAUUUAAUUAGCGACAAAAAGAGGGUGAUGCGUUUGAAUAUACUCCUUAGUGAAACAAUCUCCACUAACCAAUGCCUAUACAAGCAAUGUUGAUUGCUGAGGUUUUCUUUCUUGGUUUGAAUUUUCAUUAAAAAAAAAUAAUAUUUUUAUGUGUUUACAAAAUUUUGGUAAAUUUUUAGCAAAGUCAACUUCUGAAGAUAUUUAAGUGUACAGAUUACUAAAACAAAUGCACAAAGGCAUGUCUUGGUUUUUUAAAAUGUUUUAGCAAAGUUUUUUUUAAAGAUUGGAGAAUGGGGUUCUCAGACAUCUGCACAAGAUGGUGAGUAGAUGAGGCGGAAAGUAGGCAGGGUCUGCUAGAUAGAGUUGAAAUGACAACACCAUGUUUCUAAGGUCCAAACUACACAUUGCAAAGCAAACAUGGAAUUCCCUUAUCAAUGGUGAUGUAGGGGUUUCUUGCAGGGUUGAAUUAACUGGCAGAAAGACGUGCUUAAGCCUUCUUGUGCCCAACUGUUCUCUCUUUUACCAUGGUCAUUUUCCUAUGCUCUCCCACCUUGGUAGGCUCCAGGACUUGGAGAUGCCCAGCUGUAUGGGGAAACAGCCUAGAGGGGAAAUAUCCAGGAGAGAAUCUUUAAUUAAGCUCUUCUUUCUGUUCUUUGAUCCUGCCCAGCAAAUCUCUAUGGCCUCUGCAAUCACAUCAGCUGCCAGAUAUAUUGGCUUUCCAAAUGCAUGGUGUAUAAUGUGUAGUUCUGUCCUGGCAGUUCUAAAGCUGAAGAGAGGUGAGUACUUUUCAUAAGAUGACAGUUCAGCUACUCCUGUGAUUCACCACUUGACUCAAUGGUAAUGAAAGGUCUUUGCAGGGCAGUGGAAGUACAGUUCUGUAAGAGGUUUUGGGAUUAACUGUAGAUUGUUGUACAUAACAUAGAAACAUGCAGAUAUAAAAAACUAAAAGUCUAGGUAGGCCUACUUAAAUAUAUAAAACUUAAAAAUACACUGGUCUCUGAAAACAGAGACAGACUUUAUGAAAUGCAUCCUACCCCCUGAAUCCCAAGCAUCUAAAGAUGAUUUUCUUAGUUCUUGAUUCCUUUUAUUACUAUUUCAUCAUGAUGUAUCCCAGAGUUUCUUAGUUCUUGAUUCCACUCAUUACUGUUCCAUCAUGAUAAAUCCUGAGUCACCGUUUUAUGUUAUUAUUUCUUGUGCAUGCUAACUCUCUUACCUAAUAUAAGUGACAAUGGAUGCACAUAGUUCGCUCAUAAAUGUGUCCCUAUGACAGUAGUGUGUGGUUAUCUUUGUUGUCUUGAUGUGCUGGAGGUUUUGUGCCUGUGUAGCUCCAAGUACUUCUAAGAGGCUAUAAAUGCAUAAAACCUCACGUGUGUAGAAAAGAUCAGUAAGUCCCGGUGCCCAACUUUGGAAAAAAACAAAACAAAAAUAUUUUGUAUUCUCCAGUUUGGAUUUCCUGACACAGGAUUAUUCUCCCCCUGUAUCUAACUGUAUCAACCACAGGACUCUUAAAGCCAAUAGACUGAUUUUCUGCCAGUAUGAAAAACACAACAUUAGUUCCAUUAUUGCUGUAAGAAUUGCUGCUAUUUAUGAUUUAUAUGGAAUUUAUCAGUGUAUAAACUACUCAGUUUUUAAAAAACAAUUUCCCUUCACAGCAACCUAUUGUGGUAAGGUUAUAAUGUUGUUGUGUAUCAUUUAACCAGUUGGGCCUUCAUAGUGUUUUAUCCAUGAGGAGUGUGAAUCAUGUUUAACAUGUGAAAGCAGCACAAUCCUAAGUCACAACUGAACGUGAUUAAGCCCUUCUUAUUCAUCUGCAACCCAUAGGUGCUCAACUGCACAUCAGAUUGUGUCUGUAAUUUGCCCAAUGAAGGCUUAACAAUUCUUUCCUGAGGAAACAUCAGGCAUUCUGGUGAAGCUUCAAGUAUAUUCUCUAGCUCUAGAGAAUGUAAGUAGCUGUUGGAUCAGGAGGUAAAACUGCUAUUUGUUUCCUCUUUUUGUGCAGUCGGCUACUUUAGAAUUGGGGGGGGGAUUUACAUUUGCUUGCCCCCUAUCCCUUUAAAAGGUACCAGAUAUCUUUUUAAAAUAAGCUUUUCUCAACAGUAACUAUCUGCUGUUCUCUGCCUCUCUUAAACCUUGCAAACAGUUGCUGAUCAAUAGUUUUUAUUGCAUAUUUAAUUCUUUAACAAUUCCUGAAUCCUUUCUAUUGAAACAUAAAUCCACUUAGGACACAUCUGCCUUUGGUUCCCAAAACAAAGAUAACAGACACCUGCAUUUUAGGCACUGUGAUGAUAGAAUUAGGCAGUACAGACUUUGCAUAUAGUGUACUAAAAUAAAACCAAGUUCUAUUCUGAGUCCUACAGAUAUAUAAAUUUACUGAGCCCCUUAAUUAUAAUCACUUAGGUUCCUGGCUUCUAAAAUGUAGUCUUGUUGAUGUCAUAGAGCGCCAGGAACAUUAGAAACAUUUGUUUGUAUGAUUUGAUUAGGGAAGGGUUGGGUUGCAUGAGGAACAGAUUACCUCAGAGAAUGGACUGUGCAAUAAGGGUACAUGUAGGGUUAGAUGCAAGUGCAUGUACAUGAAUGCCUAGAUGUAUAUACACAUCCUUGAUCCUGUAGAGCUUUCCCAAGGUGAAUUCUACGGAAUUAUGGACACACCUUUUCUACAUAACAGAGAGAACUGAGAAGCUGGGAGAGUGUGUGUAUAUAAUCAACAG